AUGACAGGAGUGUUUGACAGAAGGGUCCCCAGCAUCCGAUCCGGCGUUUUUUUUUUUCCGUUCCAGACGUCCGCAGCUAUGCACCAUCCUUCUCAGGAAUCGCCAUUUUUUUUUUAGUCGUCAGCUACCGAUUCUGACUACUACAGUCCUACGGGGGGAGCCCCUUUUUUUUUUUGCUCUCCUACCUCGGCUUCCUAUGGCAAAGCGCUCAACCCCUACCAGUAUCAGUAUCACGGCGUGAACGGCUCCGCCGGGAGCUACCCAGCCAAAGCUUAUGCCGACUAUAGCUACGCCAGCUCCUACCACCAGUACGGCGGCGCCUACAACCGCAUCCCAAGCGCUUUUUUUUUUCCAGAGAAAGAAGUGGCCGAGCCCGAGGUGAGAAUGGUGAAUGGCAAACCAAAUUUUUUUUUUAAACCCAGGACUAUUUAUUCCAGCUUUCAGCUGGCCGCGUUACAGAGAAGGUUUCAGAAGACUCAGUACCUCGCCUUGCCAGAACGCGCCGAGCUGGCCGCCUCGCUGGGAUUGACACAAACACAGGUGAAAAUCUGGUUUCAGAACAAAAGAUCCAAGAUCAAGAAGUUUUUUUUUUACGGGGAGAUGCCCCCGGAGCACAGUCCCAGCUCCAGCGACCCAAUGGCUUUUUUUUUUCCGCAGUCUCCAGCGGUGUGGGAGCCCCAGGGCUCGUCCCGCUCGCUCAGCCACCACCCUCAUGCCCACCCUCCGACCUCCAACCAGUCCCCAGCGUCCAGCUACCUGUUUUUUUUUUCAUCCUGGUACACAAGUGCAGCCAGCUCAAUCAGUUCCCACCUGCCGCCACCCGGCUCCUUACAGCACCCGCUGGCGCUGGCCUCCGGGACACUCUAUUAGAUGGGCUUUUUUUUUUUACUCUCUUUUUUGGGACUACUGUGUUUUGCUCUUCUAGAAAAUCAUAAAUUUUUUUUUUCAUAUGGGGAAGUUCAGAAAAUUGAAACAAAAAGAUUCAUGUGUAAAGCUUUUUUUUUUUUUUUUUUUGCAUGUAAGUUAUUGCGUUUCAUAGGACCCCCCCCCUUUUUUUACAGAGGACUUUUUUUUGCGCAACUGUGGACACUUUCAAUGGUGCCUUGAAAUCUAUGACCUCAACUUUUCAAAAGACUUUUUUCAAUGUCAUUUUAGCCAUGUAAAUAAGUGUAGAUAGAGGAAUUAAACUGUAUAUUCUGGAUAAAUAAAAUUAUUUCGACCAUGAAAA